AUGAAUUCAGAAUUGACACCAGAAGAAUGGCUUGAAGAGGUGGUUAAAUAUGGGUUUAUUAUAGAAUAUGAUUUUGGUGAUUUUAAUGAAAUAAAAAUUAUUGGCACAGGUGCAAUUGGCUUGGUUCAUCAAGCUUUCUUAAAAAAAGUACAAAAUAAUGUUGCUUUAAAAUCUUUCAAUUUUUCAAAGAAAUUUACUAAUAAAGAAUUUGUAAAUGAGCUCAAAGCCACGAAAAUAUUAUAA